AGGUCACUCUGACAGUUUUGAUAUAUAUGAAUUUCUACAAAACAUUAGGCAUGGUCAAAUUAAUCUCCUUAAUCAGUUUUACUGCAGUUUUAAAGUUAUAUUACUUCUUUGAAUCGCAACGUUUUCAUUGAAGAAUAACCAUAAAUCGCUCCUAGCGAGAUCACCUGAAUAAGAGAGGCAUCCCAUCGUAUUGAUGUAUUUCGGCCGAAAAAUCAAGUUUUUGCAGUAGUGUAAGAAGUGACAUUGCCGUGGUCCAAAAUAAAACCCUAAGUCCUGAAGAACUUCUGGCAAGUAUUGUUCAGUGUACCAACUUACCACAUGACAGUCCUCUGUUCUCAAAGCUUAAUAGCAUUAACCAGUCCCACUUGAAGAAAACAGCUGAGCAUGUAUGAAGAAACAGCAUAGGUACUUUUAUCACUGAUCGUUGUUUUUGACACUUGUGGGUAUGGGUAUGGAAUGGCUCGUCUUCGAGUUAAAACAUCAUAAAACUGCACCUGCCGUCACCACCAUUGACUGUUUUGGAAAUAAUCCAAUUAACACCAAUAUUAAGCAGUUGGAGGAUCUGUUGGUUAAUUUUCACAUGCUCAGCUUUCUGCGCAUUUAUCAAAUCGUGAGGUACCCACUAAGAAAACAAGUAGUUCUUACUUUUAAAUAGUCACGCAAUAUUAAUCACAAUGCUGCGGAUCUAAUCCAUAGGGAAGGUUUCCUGUUGGAUCAUAGCGCGCACAUGAUCAGCUACGCACUCCUAUUGAUACAAACCGAAUUCAAAAUUAUACAAAUUCAUAGCCCGAAAAUACUCUCUUGAUAACUUAUUAAAUUCAUAAAGUUUAUAUUUCCAAACCGACGAUACAAGUACACUGUGAACUCAAUUCAGGUACUGUAGGCGCUCGGAAAAUAUAUAAUGUCAUAUAGUUACAGAAUGUAAUAUAAUAUAUUGCGAAAUUGUGUUAAACAUUUUCAGAUUAAGGUCCACUUAUUUUUAUCUCGGUCAUCGGCCUCGGUCGACCAGUUUAAAAGUUCAAUGUUCAAUCUUCUCGUCGUUAGUCGUGUCGUGACUGCAAGUCUCACAAAAUGAAUAUCCUCUUUUCGUCUGCUUGCUUUGUUUUGACUUGUUUUCAGCUUGGCAGUUUGCGGACAGUUUACGCAGCUGCGGCAAUGGCAGGGAAACAUCUAAGUUCAGGUUCCACUGAUCCACCUUUGGUAGCAGGAAAGAUACGGCUAUACAGCAUGCGAUAUUGUCCUUAUUCCCAUCGAGCUCAUUUGGUGUUGCUUGCUAAAAAUAUUUCGUUUGAUCCUAUUUUUAUCAACCUAAAGACAAAGCCAGAAUGGUACACAAAUACUGUGCCUUCAGGCAAAGUACCUGCAUUGUUGGUGGAUGGCCAGAUUGUCUCCGAUAGUCUAAUUAUCGCAGAUUAUCUGGACGAGAGUCACUCUCAGAGACCACUCCAUAGUAAGGAUCCCUUGCAGAAGGCCAAGGAUAGAAUCAUAAUAGAGAACUUCGGCAAGGUAACAGGGCCUUUCUACAAGGUAAUGACUGGUGUCAAUGCCUCCGUUGAAGAGUAUGAACAUGUUGUGAAAGAGUUAAUACCUUUUGAGAAUGAACUGGCUGCAAGAGGAACAUCUUUCUUUGGAGGUGAUAAACCAGGGAUGGUUGACUAUGUGAUCUGGCCUUGGUUUGAAAGAAUCCAAAUGUUCAAGAUCCUUCAUGGGGACCAAUUUGUUUUCCCUGCUCAAAGGCUACCAAACUUGGCCCAGUGGAUUUCAAGAAUGACUGCAGAUGAUGCUGUUCAGCAGUACUACCUGUCCCCAGAGAAACAUGCUAGCUUCAUGAAAACCCAACAGUCUGGCAACCCUGACUAUGAUAUACUGACUCGUGAAUAAGGGUAAUCCUCUCCAAGUGCUGUGACUUCAGGAUGCAGCCAUAAAGGUAAAAUAUGGUCAAAUAACUUUGGAAGUUUUAAUUAUUGUUUGUAACACAUGCCUAGGUGAAAAUUAGUAAGUUAUUUUGGUUUUAAUAUUGGUAAUUGUAAAAAAAGACAUUAUGAUCACAUUAUAAGUUAAUGAUGUAUUGAAUGCAAUCAUUCUAACAAAGAAUGUUUUAUUUAUCACUUAUUUAAGAACAAGUUGUGAAGUAAUUGCAGCAAUUUUGUGUACUUACAUUAGUGAUUGUACUUAAUUGUAGAUUGAUUAGUUAACUUAUAGUUUUAAAACUGGAAUCAAAUAUGGGUACUAUUGGAAAACAAAAUCUUACAUGUAGGCAUAAGAGUUUUAGUAAAACAAACUUGUUCCUGUUAUUUUAUACUCAUGAAGAAUGUCACUCGCUUAAAUAUUUAUCAUGAUACUCAUCUGAUCCGUAUAUUUAUUUAACAUAAAGAGUUAUAUCUUCCUUAUUUGAUGUUCUACGACUACUCUCCCUGUACACAUUUUUAAAAUGGAAAAAGUGAUAGCUAUUAUGAAUUAUUUGUAAUGAUUAAAAUGUUUUAGUAUUGUAAGUAAUUUAAUACAAAAAAAUAAUUGUGCUAUAAUCGACAUUACAAAAUGUAAGUAAUUUGAAUCCAUUCUUAAUUAUUUUUAACAACUAUAAUAUUUUAGUAUUGUAAUUUAAUAGACAAAUUCAAUUGUGCAAUAAUCAACAUAAUAUUUAUAGUAAUUUUGCUGUGGUAAACUGAAGUGCAAUGUAGAAAAAAGUAAAAAGUGUAAUAAUUAAUGAACAUUGCUAUAACAUUAUUAUUUA